AUGUCCAGCAACGAAGCCGCUUCCAUCACUUCCUACCCCAAGCCAAAAACCACAGACCGCAAUCAAGCAACUCUUAAGAAACCCGGCAAAGAUGAACCCGAGAACCAACGAGUACCAGACACCUCAGCGCCCCAAGACACAGGCAAUGGCAAAGGCAAAGGCAAAAGAUCACUAUCCACAUCCUCCCCCAUCCUCCCCUCAAAAAGACAAGACACCAAAACGACACCUACCCCUACCCCUCUUUCCUACAAAGACCUUCCCCCAACCCUUCCCGCCACAGCCUCCACGACCCUCUCCCUAACCGACCACACGGGCUCCCUCUUCACCGCACCCCCCAGCACCUUGCUCCUCCACGCCUGCAACACCCAAGGCUCCUGGGGCUCCGGCAUCGCACUCGCCUUCAAGAAGCAGUACCCCAACGCCUACACCAUCUACCAUGCCUUCUGCACCAAAGAGCAUUCCAUAAAAACCGGUAACCCGGUGCCAGCCGGUACGACGCUGUUGAUUCCUCCGGUGGACGGCGACAAGGGGCAUUGGAUUGGUUGUCUGUUUACGAGUCGGAGGUAUGGGAAGGGGAAGGAUAAGGCAGAGGAGAUUCUGAGGAAUACAGGGAGGGCGGUCGAGGGGUGCUUGGGGUUGCUGGGUUUGGUUGGGGAGGAGGUGGGGAGGGUGAGGAUGUGUAGGAUUAAUAGUGGGAAGUUUGGGGUGCCGUGGGAGAGGACAGAGGAUGUGUUG